AUGCGCAUGUCUGCUACAGACCACCUAAGGGCUGAAAUUGAAAUCACUAGGCCCUCCUCGGCGAUGGGCCACAAGGUUAAUGGCCGACUCUUAGAUUGGCCGUGUCCCCAGCCUAGGCCUCAAGUUGCCGACGGCCACGGAACUCAUGCCGUAGGCCUGUUGCUCAAGGUCUGCCCUUUGGCCGAUGUGUAUGUAUAUCGGGUGACUGAGAACGAUACGCACUCAACAAACCGGGAACACGUGGCCGAAGCGUUGGAAGAUGCUAUUGGUAAAGUCGAUAUCAUCUCUAUUUCCUUUGGAUGGGAUUUAGAUAACAAUCAAAGACUCCGAGAUCUGCUUCAACGCGCCUAUAGGGAGGGAGUACUCGUUUUCGCUGCGAGCUCGAAUGAAGGAACGCGUGGUAGCAUCGCAUACCCAGCUAGAUCAGACGAGGUCAUUGCCGUCGACUCAGCAGACUACCAUGGCGAGCCUUCCAAGUACAACACACCUGAAGACGAUCAAAAGCUGAGAUUCACUGCUCUGGGUGAAGACGUGGAAUCCGCGUAUCCUCCUCAGCGGGCCCGCGCAGGUGUAACUCCAGGAUCUAAGAGGCUCUCCGGAACGUCGUGUGCAACUCCCAUAGCGGCAGCGACGGCUGCCAUGUUGCUAGAAUUUGCGAAACAGCCACCCUUGGGCUUCGAUCCCAGCGUUCUACAACAUCUCAAAAUGGUAAAGAGUUCGGAGACAUCGUGGGGAAAGAGAUCUAUGCUCACAUAUCUGCCGAGUUUAGGACUCGCAAAUAAUGACCAAGAGGAGCUGGGUUAUGGUUAUCAGGUGUUGAAUUCCGGACAAGGUUGA